UCAGAACUGCUUUUCAGGGCUUCCUCUUCUGGCGUAUGAUCCAGACGGAGAUCAUGUGAGGUGCCGCUUUGCUGCAAAGUCUACAGCUCCUGCAAACUUCACUAUGGAUGAGACUACGUGCACGCUGAAAACCACGGGUCAAGUCGGCAUCGGUGUCCACGUGUUUGAGCUGAUGCUGGAGGACUCUUCUAGGAAAAACAUCACGUUGACCUACGCAGAUGGAACAUCAGCAUUUCGGGAGGCCUCCAACAUAAACUCACCGCCUCUCUGCAAAGUCAAGCUGCUGUUCUCCAUGGAGAUCCUUCCUCCAAUACCAAACUGUGAAGCUGGUCACGUGCAGCCUGUGUUCUUGUCCAGGACUCCUUCCCAUGGGGAUGUUCUUCAUGCCACUGUGGGUCAGUCUUUCCAGCUUUAUGCCCAAGCACAGGCACACCAUGCCAGCAUAAACGACUUCCAGGUGAGUGGCCCCCAGAACAUGAGCAAAGUGUUCAAAGACGAUAAGUUUGGAAAAGCCGAUGUGACUCUGAGCUGGACGCCACAGCCCAGCGACCUGUACAGAUCUGUCCCAGUGUGCUUCACUGCAGAGACAAAUCAAAGCCAAUCAGACAUGAGGUGUGUUGUUCUCAUGGUAACCCAAGCAGCUCUCAUUCAAGGCAAGGCCAGUGUCACAUGCUCACCCAACAAGAUGACGGUGGCCCUGGAGAAAGCUUCCAUGCCCGGCAUCGACGUGAACUUCCUCCAGCUGAGCGACUCGUUGUGCUCUCUCACCUCCAACAGCACGCACAUCUUAGGCAGCAUGUCAUUCAGCACCUGCGGCACAAAACUUGAGGACAAAGGCGACUUUCUCGUUUUUGUGAAUGAGAUCAACUCCUUCGAGCUGGCCAACGAGAUAAUAGUCCGAAGGAAGACAGUCAAGAUCGAAAUCUCUUGCAAGUUUCCCAAAACCAUCAGCAUCUCCAGUUACUACAAUCUCCAAAAUUCUGACUACGUUUUCACUGAGUCCAGCUUUGGCAGCUUUGGCUAUACUUUUGAGGUAUAUACCAAUAGCAACUUUACAAGCAAAGUGCCAGCCACCGCCUAUCCAGUGGAGGUCAGUUUGUUAGAGAAGAUUUAUAUGGGCAUUCGGGCUGAAUCGGAUCUACCAAAUGUGUCUUUGUUUGUCGAAUCAUGCAAAGCCACUCCUGAUGACAACCCUAACAACACCCUCUCCUAUGACCUCAUCAAGAACGGGUGUAUACUGGAUGAGACACUUCAAGUCCACCCAUCAAACCUGACUGCAUUCAACUUUGAGGUUCAAUCCUUCAAAUUUUCUGGAAACUAUAACGAGGUGUACAUCACCUGCUCCGUCAUCCUGUGUGAGUCUGGGAAUGCCUUUUCCAGAUGUGCCCAGGGUUGUGUGGCGCAGCCAGCCCGCAGACGCAAGCGAUCGCUGCACAAGGAGACAGUCAGCCACUCCAUAACCCAGGGUCCUUUUCGGUUUGUCGAGCAGGAAGUUCCCAAUGCAGUCAUGGAAGAUAACAACAGUCUCAUGAAAAAGAGUGACACAGCUGCUGCAGUGAACCCUCCACCAGUUUCUCCAGACAGCAAAUCAAGCGGAGGACGUCGGGACUUGGCUCCGACAGUCUCCAGUGGAGGAGGUUGGGGAAUCGAGCAGAUCCUCAACACCAACAUCAGCACCGUGGUCUUUGGCUGCAUCUUCUCAGUAGCACUGGUGUUGAUGGCUGUGCUGGUUCGUUACUUCAUGAGGAAGAGAAAAGCAGACGACCAAAAAUCUCUCUUAGGUUCUGGCUGGGAGAACUAAAACCCAACUCAUUUAAUAACGUGCUGUUUUACACAGCAUGUACGUUUUAAGUUAUAUUUUGGUAAAGGAUAGGUUCAGAUUCUUAAACUCGGCCCGUGACACUCUGCCUUUUAAAUCUAUAAUAGUUCAUAGAUUACUUCCUAAUCUGACAAAUCUAUAAUCUAUAUUGCACUACACAAAAAAAUCUUUAAUACAUGUCAAAUAUCUUUCACGUAAUUAACACUAUAGCAGUGCAAAUAAUACACUCAAAAUAUUCCAAGGGACAUACAUGAGGGUAGCCCCCAUCCAUCUCCUUAAAAAAAGAGUGACAACCUCUGCCCAAGUGUACAUUCAUUCAUCAUCCCUCCUGAUCAUACCGGCCAUUGAAUAGAUCCCUAACAUUUUUUCAAUUGAAGAGAUAGGGAACA